GCGCCUGCGCAGUCCGUACAGCUGCAGCCAACAACAACAGUCUGUACGAGUCUGCCCUUUCAUUCCAAGAUGGCGGACCUCCUAGGUUCAAUCUUAAACUCGAUGGAGAAGCCUCCAACAGUCGGCGACCAGGAAAGCCGACGAAAGGCUCGAGAGCAAGCUGCAAGACUCAAGAAGAUGGAGGAAGAUGAAAAAAGAAAGAAAGCAGCGUUCAGGAAAAAGAUGGAGAAAGAAGUGUCUGAUUUCAUUCAAGACAGUUCACAACAGAAACGAAAGUACAAUCCUAUGGGGAAGAUUGAAAGGAGUAUAUUGCAUGAUGUUGCAGAAGUGGCUGGUCUGACUUCUUUUUCUUUUGGGGAGGAUGAGGAGAGCCGUUACGUCAUGCUUUUCAAGAAGGAGUUUGCUCCAUCAGACGAGGAGCUGGAAGCCUAUCGCAAAGGAGAGGAGUGGAAUCCGCAGCUGGCAGAGCAGCGGCGCCGACUAAAAGAACAGGCUGCAUUGGAAGAAACGGCAUCCAGUAAGACAAAGAAGGUCGAGGCCUGUCCCAACUCUAACUACAGAGACAAGUACAGUCACCUGAUCGGCACCUCAGCUGCAAAAGAUGCAGCACACACACUAGAGGCCAACAGUGCUUAUGGCUGUGUGCCUGUGGCCAACAAGAGGGACACUCGCUCCAUAGAGGAAGCCAUGAAUGAAAUCCGAGCAAAGAAACGGCAAAAGCAAGAGGACGACACAGGAGCACACAGCAGCAGUUCUUGAGUCUUCACCAUUUAUGCUUUCCGUCUACUGUGUGUUUGUGUGUGUCUGUGUGUCUGUGUGUCUGUGUGUGUGUGUGUGUGUGUGUGUGUGUGGGUGAGGUUGUCUCUGUGUGCACAGUCUAAUUCAUCCUAUAAUGCAAUAUCCUGUACUUAUGACAUUUUAAAAGUAUAACUUAUAUGACAGGUGUUGAAUCUAGUAUGUAUGCCACUCUCUGACUUAGACUGUGCUGAAAUCAUGAAAUCUUUGUUUGGUGGAGGUACUCAGGUGUGUCUGAUCCAGGAGGUGGAUCACUCUACAUGUUUAACAUUUGCUCAUGUACUAUACAGUAUGAGAAACAUGUUUUGAUUUAAAAAAAAAAAACGUGUCCAGUGCGUGUUCUGCUACUUUACAAACACUCGAUAUCUUCUUACAUAAUUUUUAAUGGACUUUUGUUUUUUUUAGCAUUGAUUGACAUUUUUAAUGCAGAUGUGCAUUUACAGUUCGAGGUGACAUUUUUAUCAUAUAAAUACUGAGAAAUUUUAGCUUUGGCAAGGCCGGGUGACAUUUUGAAAGCAAGGUUUUAGGCAAAGCAUGGUUGAAGAGUCCUGCUGACAGUGUUCCAAAUAUCCAGUGCAGUUUUUAAAAGGGAAACAAGAAUCCGUCUAUUGACCGGAUUUUGGUUCAAUUUGUUCAUUAUCUUUUUCUUAGUCUCACCCUUUAUCAGAACUUUGUAAAAUUGGAAGCAUGCCAUCUCCUACAUUUCAAGAGGAAUAGCAUUUUAGAAAAUACAGUUUUGUGGAUUUUAGGAAUCUGUGAUCAAGUUUCGUUUUUGUUUCUAUACGUCUGCACGGACUGUAAAUCAAACUGUUACUACAAACUAAAUGUUUUAUUAUCGAGCCAUGUGAUAAGCAUCAUAGGAGGGAGCAGAUGUAAACACAACUUAUUGUAUUGGUGACAUCUCUUUUGUUUUUCAUAUCUUCAAGUAUGUUUCUUGGCAUCUUGAUGUCUGUUUUAACAUGGUUGCACUGUUUUAUCUCCCCAUGUGUUAAUAAAUGGAGAACUGUC